CUGAAGCUGCUGUAUCACUCAUGUGACACAGCCAAUGUAUUCUGUGUUUCUAAAUUCUUUGCCGGGGGAUGAACUCCUGAGGAGCGAAUGACGAAACAAAUUUUGCUUUUAUUCACAUUCAGAGGAUUAGUAAGGAAAGGGAAAAAGGGGAAAAAGAGAAAAUGGCCAGUUUUAUAUUACGGAAAGCUGAACCCAACGAUGUGUCCGAUAUCUUGCGACUCAUAAAGGAACUUGCUAAAUUUGAGGAGAUGGAAGAUAAGGUCAUGCUGACCGAGAAAGAUCUACUUAAUGACGGAUUUGGAGAUCAUCCAUUCUACCACUGUUUAGUUGCUGAAGUCCCAAAAGAGCAGAGCUCAGAAGGGUACACUGUGAUUGGCUUUGCCAUGUACUACUUCACAUAUGACCCUUGGAUUGGGAAGUUGCUCUACUUGGAAGACUUCUAUGUCAUGCAGGGGUUUCGUGGUUUGGGCAUCGGUUCACAAAUUCUGAAGGUUCUGAGUGAGACGGCAGUAAAGACUCGCUGUAGCAGCAUGCACUUCAUUGUAGCAGAAAACAACACAAAGUCUAUUGAGUUCUACAAGCGAAGAGGAGCAUCUGAUCUGUCAUCUGAAGAGGGCUGGCGUCUUUUUGAGAUUGAAAAGGAGGAUCUGCUGAAAAUGACUGCCAAAUAGAGUCUACUGUUUAUUGAGUGCUGUUGGUGAUAGCAAUACUCAUGUUUUGUUUGAUUUGGCACAGUCUUAAUAAAUACAAAAAACUGUUAUCUUUGAUAAUAAAUUGGUUCUGCUU